AUGCCGGGCUUCGACUUCAGCAACCACAACAGAAAUGUCGCCCUGCACGCCGCUGGUGUUCCACUCCCCAAGGCCACAUCCACCGGUACCACCAUCGUCGGCUGCCUUUACGAUGGCGGUGUUGUCAUCGCAGCAGAUACCAGAGCUACUAGCGGCCCCAUAGUAGCUGACAAGAACUGCGAGAAGCUUCACUACAUCGCCCCUCAGAUCUGGUGUGCAGGCGCCGGAACUGCAGCAGACACCGAAUUCACCACAGCCCUCAUGUCCUCCAACCUCGAACUACAUUCGCUCUCGACCGGCCGAAAACCACGCGUCGUGACUGUCAUGACCAUGCUCAAGCAGCACCUCUUCCGAUACCAGGGACACAUCGGCGCAUAUCUGGUCGUAGCGGGCUGUGAUCCUACAGGGAGCCAUCUCUUCACAGUCCACGCGCACGGAAGCACAGACAAGCUUCCAUACGUGACCAUGGGCUCAGGCUCGCUGGCCGCCAUGAGCGUUUUCGAGACCAGCUGGAAGGGUAACUUGACCAAGGAUGAAGCAGUGAAGCUUUGUGCGGACGCGAUUGAGGCUGGUAUCUGGAAUGACCUGGGAUCUGGAAGCAACGUGGAUGUGUGUGUGAUUACACAAGAGAAGACGACGUUGAUGAGGAAUUACAAGACGCCCAACACCAGAGAGAGGAAGCAGAGAGAUUACAAGUUCCCACGGGGCACUACUGCUGUGCUCAACGAGAAGAUCAUCACGAAAGAGGAGAUCAGCAAGUAUGUGACGGUGCAGGACAUUGGCGAUGGCGAGGCUGGCAUUGGUGAGAAGAUGGAUGUGGACACACAAGCGACGGCAUGAGCGAGCAGACGUGAAUCAGAGGCAAGGAAGUACGGCAAAUAGCGUCCUGUUGAGGAUGAGCAUGCCAUGUAAGAUACGGUGAGCUUGGCCCAAGGCUGAUCGCUGCCUGCUUGAGGUGGCGCGCUCGAGGAGAUGGCCGAAGAUCUCAAGACUACCGGUCAACAGUCCUGGGUGCAGUGUUAGCAUAGAUCGGAUCAGUUCUAGGCUGUAUUCAAUGAACAUGUCACGAAAGAAG